CCAAAGCCCCCGCUGUGUCCCCGGUGUCCCCAGCCCGGUGACAGCGCUGUCCCCGCAGAGGUGCCGGGGCUGGCCGGUGACGGUGACGGUGACGGUGACGGUGACGGUGACGGUGACGGUGACACGCGGCUGUUCCCGAGGGCCAUCGAGGGGGACGGGGACGGCUUUGAGUUCGCCAUGUUCCUCAGUGUCCCCGAGCGCCGCCUGCGCUGCCUCUGCCAGCCCGGGCCCUUCCUGGAGGGACACCCGGGGCUGACCCACGGCGGUGCCAUCGCCACCCUCAUCGACACCUCCCUGGGGACGCUGGCGCUGGCUCUGGCCGGGCGGGUGGUGACAGCCACCCUCAGCAUCGACUACGUGGCGUGA